AUGGUGACCGCAAACAUGAGCUUGCUCGGGCUCAGGGCCGGCACUGCUGAGUACUUCAGACUUCUACUUAAACCAGAGGGAGGGCAAGCACUACAGAAAGCUGAAGCUGAAGUUGUGGAUAUGCAAUACGUGAAGAAGAAGCUGGAGGAGAUGAGAUCAUUAGUUGAUGGAGGAAUGACCGAAGAAGUGAAAGUGAAACUUGAAGAUGUGAUGGUGAAUCUGCUGGAGAAAAUAAGG